CAUAAUGUUUAAAUAUCUCAAUUUAUGAAAAAAACAUUAGAGCAAAUGGGAAUAUCAAAUCGGAUUAUAAUAUGCUGUGGAACGAUCAUGAUUUGUCUAUACCCUAACAGUGGUCAGAAUUGAAUACUUCCCGACUCGAAGUGGAUAUUCAAUGUAACCAUAGCAACAAGGAUUUCGAUGCUUGUAAAUUGUAUUCUCAUAUCUAAGCAUUUCUUUAUUAGGAUUUUUGUGCAAUAGACUGUUUUGAUAUUUUGAUUUUCUGUCUUAUGAAUUAUAUUCAACUGAUUUCAAUCAUUGACAUCAUUUGUGACAAAUUCAGUCAACAAACUGCAAACACUGUAGGAACUAGAAUUUGAGUCGAUGCCUUCCCUCCCAAUAUUGAUUAUAGAAACGUUCUCUUACAUUCUGCAGACAUUUGUUAUGUAUUUAAUUGAUCAAUGCCUAGAAUCCUGAAACUGUUGCCUUUAUCUUUCAAGUGUUAUGAGUAACUGGAAAGGCGUCUAGACAUAUUAUUUUUCAUGUUUGAAUGUGUUCAAAUGUCAUUUGCCUGCCAUUCUAUCUUCGAUAACAGAACUUAGAUGGAUUUCAGAGCUUUUUGUCAAGAAUACUCCGCUGAACCUAAAAUAAGUGAUAAUUUCAUAGGUAUCAGUGCAAAGAACAAUUUUGCAGAAUUGUAUAACAUUAUGCCUUUAAUUAACAUACAAUUUCACACUUAAAAUUAAAUUAGGACUAAUCCUUGUUAUUUAUCAUACAUUUUUAGCAGUAAUAAUUGAGCUAUUUCAUAUGUUAUGAAUUCUUUUAAAUAUUUUGCAUAUGGGAGCAACUUAUCGCUUUAUAGGCUCGUCUGUAGCUGUCCGUCUGCCAAAAAGUUUUGCAAUGGUCAAUUAUCCGGGUAUAAACUUUCAUUCGGACGAUUCUCUAAGGGUUGGAAUGGGGGAGUUGCUUCAAUAGAAGAAUCAAUAAGCGAUCGUGUAUGCGGUGUUAUAUGGGAUAUUCCAGACACAGAGCUCCCAGCUUUAGACUUACAAGAAGAUUUAGGUGGGAGUCAACCCUACAAUGAUCCUUCACCACAAUAUCUUGAAGCGAUUGUAGAUGGAGCAAUUACAAAUGAAUUGGAUAAUGAAUAUCUUCAAAAGCUCAAAGAUACAAAAACAAAUGGGAAUACAGAAAUCACCAAGCUUAUGCUUAAAGUGGCAGACUUGAAAGAGAAGAUGCAUCCUGGUUAAAAUGUUUUCUGCCAAGCGAAAUAUGUAACCAACGGGAGCAACAUAGUCCUUUUCAAUACUCUUUUAUGUUUUAAAUAGGUUUUAAAGCUUUUUUGUGGUAUCAUUGUUUUAAGUGACCGAUGAAUAUUAGCGGUUGUAGAUGCUUGUACAUAAUGCGAAAAAAGACCAAAUUAGCUUAUGUUACAUUCCAUGGUAUUGAGCAAAUUCCAUUUUUGUAAUGGUUUGGUUCUGCAAACCUAAAAUUGGACAUAAGGCACUACCCCUAAAAUCAAACCUAAUACAGGUACAAACAGCUGAUGACAAAUGAUGGCUGUGGUCCAUAAUAACAGGAUAUCAAAAAAUUUCAUUACUGAAAAAUUUGACAUAAGCUACAUUGGUCUUAAUAAAGUGAAGGUAGAGAAAAUAUAUAUAUAUAUAUUUAAUUUACAUUUUAUGCCGUACGUGCAAUUGAUUAAACUGUUCAGUGUUCACGGCUUUAUUAAUUUGUUCAAGUUUGUAUGUUUAUGUAUGAAUAAUGUUGCACAAAAAUCUAUCUCAUGACUAAUUGUGCAUUUUUUUUCCAAAAUUAUAUUCAAAGAAUGACAGUAUUCUAUAUUUUAUCUUUGCGAAAUAAAAAAUAUAUCUGGGAACCAGAAAUAGCUUUAUUUAUUCUAAGAAACUCAAAAUAGAGAUAAUACUGAUAAGAUGAACUUUUCCUCCAUAGUAGAAUAUUGAUUUAUAUCUAUAUACAUUUUUGGGGUCUCCUGAAGUACGCGCCCUCAAGUACUUCUAGAAGUCAGGUGAGGGUUAGAAAUGACAUAUGCAAAAUUUGUUGAGCCAGGCCAACUAGAAGUACCUGCGGGCGUGUACUACAGGAGACCCGAUUUUUGAUAUAUUUGAGAAUUCGUACUAUUCUACAAACCAUGUAUUUGUGUUAUGUACUACCAGUAUAUGCAUAUUCAAAAAUUGAUUGUCGCUCAAAAGUCACUAUAUGCACUAGACUACUAAUUAUUUUUAUUGAAGGUAAGAUAUUCAGGUCAUUAUCAAUUCACUGCAAGUUUAUUAGCAAAGUGGAUAGGCUAUAUGGAAAGAUUCCUGGGUACUCUCGUAAUGUGUGUACCAGGUUGGGGUUAGGCCAUAAUUUUAUUCAGAUUUUCAUUCUCUCAGUUCUAUUAUGAGUUCGGGGAAUGUCUGUGUUAGCCAAGUGAAUAUUAUACCCUCUGUCCCAUAGGUUGCAUUCCCUUUACACAAAUUGAUGUGGCAAACAAAAUUAGUUACCUCCAGCUCCACAUUGGUACACACACUUCUGGAGCGCCGAUUUCUGUAAGUUAGCUGCUAUAAAUAUGAACAAAUAUCACAUUUUAAUAAUGUUAAAAGCAAUUUCAUGUCACAAAAUAAACAUGUAAUUUGCAGUGUUUUAUAUAAAGGAUACCUUGGAAAUCAUGCUAAAAAUCAGUCUUAGGUAAAAGUAUAAAAUGGUAGGCAUGGUAUUCUUUAAUAUGUCAGAGAGAGCAAUUUUUUUUGUAUAAAUGUCCUUACUUUUAAAAACAAAAUUGAAUUUAAUUUAAAAUAGAAUGAAGGUUUAUAUAACAACCUAUUUUUAAUUUUAUAAUUUAAGAAUAGCAAUAUUAUAAUGUCUGAUAUUUUCUGUUUCUUAGACUUUUCCUUCAUAGUUUAAUGGAUAUUUAUAAUUGAUUAUGUUUCAUUUCUCAG